AGAGACUGUCUGUCGCGGUGGCAACAAGCAGCAGCCGGGCUGAGAUGCUAGGAGCAAGGAUGGCGCCUCCUGGAAGGACAAACCUGCCUGCAGCUGGGCCUGGUCUCCUCUGAAGGAGAUCCUGAUCCAAUUCCCAGCCAGCCUGGAGGGAUGUGGAAGCCAGGUGAACAGGGCUCGUGAAUCAGCUGAACCUUCAAGCUGAAUGGAAAAGUUACAGAAGCAACUGACUUCCCCGGGGAGUGUUGGUUCAUCCCGGGGAUCCAGUGUCCCAGGGUCACCCUCCAGCAUUGUGGCCAAAAUGGACAAUGAAGUCCUGGCGUACAAGGACUUGGCAGCAAUCCCCAAGGACAAGGCGAUCCUGGACAUCGAGCGUCCAGACUUGAUGAUCUAUGAGCCCCACUUCACCUACUCUCUCCUGGACCAUGUGGAGAGGCCAAGGAGCAGAGAGCGCUCCCUCUCGCCCAAAUCUCUUUCUCCUCCGCCUUCUCCAGAAGUCAUCCGGGACUGGAUGGAGAACAAGUCUCCGGGAAACACCUCCCAGGCAGCUAGUCGGCGGGCCAGCAGCUCCAGUCGCAGCGGAGUCCACCACUUCCACCGUCCUGAUAUCAACACAACGGAGAUGAACAUCUACAAGAAGCCUCCAAUCUACAAACAGAGGGAGCACUCAACAACACCAACCCCACAGAGCAAGCACAUGAUAGAGGGCCUGAUCAUUGAGUCCUCCAAGUUCCCAGCAGCCCAGCCCCCAGACCCAAACCAGCCGGCCAAGAUCGAGACGGACUACUGGCCCUGCCCUCCCUCUCUGGCAGUUGUUGAGACUGAGUGGAGGCAGCGGAAGGCUUCAAAGAGAGGCGAGGAAGAGGACGACCUCACAACAGAGAUGAAGAGCCUGCGGGAGCUGCAGAAACAAGAGCUGAGCAAGAUCGCCUCCAACUUAGGCAAGCUCAUCCUGAAGGAAGAGAUGGAGCAGUCAUCACUCCCCAUCAGGCGUAAAACCCGCUCCCUCCCAGACCGAACCCCCUUCCACACCUCGCUGCACGGAGGAAGCUCCAAAUCCUCGUCCCUUCCUUCCUACGGGAGAAGCACUCUUGCCAGGCUACAGUCAACGGAGUUUAGCCCAACUGGAAGCGAGAAGGGCAGCCCAGGUCUGCAGAAUGGCCAGCGGGGACGGAUGGACAGGGGGAACUCCCUCCCCAGCAUGCUGGAGCAAAAGGUUUACCCGUACGAGAUGCUGAUGGUGACUAAUCGAGGUCGUGUGAAACUGCCUCCAGGAGUAGACAGAACGAGGCUAGAGAGACACCUCUCCCCCGAGGAUUUCCUGCGCGUCUUUGAGAUGCCACCCGAGGAGUUCGCCAAGCUGGCCCUGUGGAAGCGGAAUGAGUUGAAGAAGAAAGCCUUCCUCUUCUGAUCCCCCCUGAGCCGAUGGGCUCAGUGUGAACUCCGUGUGUGUCACACCGUCUCGCAUCACAGGCGCUUUAGGGCUACGACUGAGCUGGUUCCGAGGAACUUCCCCCCCUUCUUUUCCACGCACCCCACUCGCUGCAGAGGCAGCUCCAAGCCCGAGUCUGGUAGAAGCUAAAGAGAAGCAGGCUCAGAGGAGAAGAGCAAGAACCCAGCCUUCCCUAGGUGGGGC